AACUCAUUUCGGAGCAAGCUCUGCAGGCAGUCGUGCACAGCGGUGAUCAUUUGUUACUUUCGUUUCCGUUACAUCCUCUUCAUCAUUCUGGCUCCAGGUAGUCGACAUUUAAAUGAUCGCUUUAAGAGCUAAGGGCUGUUCAUGUGCCAUGGGCUACAACAAAUGGGGUUGUUGACCGUGAGCUUGUGUGGCGUGAAGUAUUUGCUUGCAGGACUUCCAUUCCUUUAAGGAGGUCCAUGACGUCUGGACGUAGAAUUUUACCGAAAUUACGAAAACACGUGUUAUGUUCUCUGUGUUUUACUCUGAUCUUGCUAUGUUUUAUUCGUUUUUAAGACAAUAUGGAAAUCUGUGGUAGACGUCGGACGAUUCAAAUAUUUUUGGUGAUUUUGGUAGUGUUAUUUUGGCUGUUGGUUUUCCGUUUUGAACUAUAUACUCUGCAUCUAAUCCGGCGCACCGGUGACUCAAGGAUGGCUACCGAUUCAAAAAUAUUUUCGUAUCGUUCUUCCUGUGGUUGCUCUAAAAAUUCUACCUCUUCCACACUAGACACGCAAAUACAAGUUAAUUAUCAAUGGUGUAGCCCCGAAUCUGUUCAGCGAGGGCCAAAUCAAAGAAUCGUCUCCUUUUCCGUGUUCGGAAAGGCUGACAAAAACGGGAUGAGAUAUUUCAAAUUCUUGCGGGAAAAUGCUAUUAAAAUAAACCAAUUUUUGCCAGGAUGGGUCAUGAGGGUGCACCACAAUAUCGGUGUUGAAACGCCGGAGCACAAACUACUAUGUGAAGCAUAUUGUUCCUAUUCAUGGGUUGAUCUUUGUGAUGUUAGCAGCCUCUGGAGAAGGCUUUCAAAGCGUCGGAAGAACAAAAAUUUCGAUUUACGGCCAGUUACGGGGGAGCAAAUUUCCAAUCUUAAUAGACGACUAUGGCGAUUUUUGCCAUUGUUGGAUCCUCAGGCGCAUACGGUGCUUACCAGAGAUUCAGACGCUGUAAUAUCUCAUCGAGAGGUAGCGGCAAUUGAGCAGUGGCUGAAUUCCAACUACACUUUUCACCUAAUGAGAGAUCAUCAGGCUCAUAAAACCCAUAUACUUGCUGGGAUGUUUGGCGUAAAAACUCACCAGCGACGAGAUCUGGUCGAAGGAUUGACACGGGUCUUGGUAGUUUUCGGGAAAAACCAGAAAUAUGAUACAGAUCAAACGCUUCUUUCAAAAAUCUUUUGGCCAACGGUUAAACACGAUGUGAUGGCUCAUGAUAGUUACAAUUGUAUGGAAAACUCAAAUGCACUACCGACGUAUCCUUUCCCAACACAAAGAGUGAACAACUCCUUUGUCUCAGAUAACUUUGAAAGCCGCUGGAUUGUCCCAGAAAAAUGUCCAAUUGCAUGUCGACCUACUGAUCAUCAUGAUUGGGAAUAUUGUUAAUUCUUGAAGAAACAACAGCAUGAGGUAAUGCUAUUUUCCAAAUAUAGG